CAGCAAGACCUUGAAGUGAAUCAAAGCUUCCAAGCUUCAAUAAUCAGAAGUCCUUGUACUACCAACCGCAGUAUUCUCCAUCCAAUAUGCCACCCCGCAUAUUUCUUCUUUCCAGCCCCCGAACCCUCAAAUUCAUCUCCCGCCGAACCUACAGCUCCAAAACGAGCACCCCUCUAAAAUUGGCUUAUGACUUGCACUCCCCAGCAAAACCCUCAUCCUCUGCUCCACGGGCUAUUAUUUUUAUGCAUGGACUGUUUGGGUCCAAAAAGAACAACAGGAGCAUUAGUAAAGCUCUUGCCAGGGAUUUAGGGAGACCGAUUUAUGCUGUGGAUCUAAGAAACCAUGGCGAUUCACCGCACGAUCCCAACCAUGAUUACCUCUCCAUGGCGAACGAUGUCCAAGGAUUCAUGGAAGAGCACGGAUUGAAAGAACCUACACUGAUAGGGCACUCAAUGGGCGCCAAAACAGCCAUGACACUGGCCCUCCGUUCCCCGGAACUCAUACACGACAUAAUAUCCGUGGACAAUGCCCCUGUGGAUGUAGCUCUCAUGAGCAGCUUCGCACAGUACAUACAGGGCAUGAAGAAGAUUGAGGAGGCAGAGGUCACGAAACAGGCGGAUGCGGACCAGAUAUUGAGCGACUAUGAAAAGUCCCUCCCAAUCCGGCAAUUCCUCCUCACAAACAUGUACCAGCCACCAGAGACACGCACCAAGAGAUUCCGUAUCCCUCUCCGCAUCCUCGGUUCAGCAUUAGGGAAUCUAGGAGACUUCCCGUUCAAGAAUCCAGGAGAAGUGCGGUUUGAGGGACAGGCGCUGUUUGUAAGAGGUACACAGAGUAAAUACGUGCCUGACGAGUCGUUACCUGCUAUAGGGGAGUUCUUCCCUAGGUUUAGACUGGCGGAUGUGGAUUGUGGGCAUUGGGUGAUUUCGGAGAAGCCAGAGGAAUUCAGACAAGGUAUGUUUAUGUCCUUCUCUUUCUUUGUCUGGUUUUUUUGCCCAUGCAUAGUCAAAUUUUGUCUGGAGUCGAAGCUGAUCUAUGUGUAAUUGUAGCUGUUGUGGAAUUCCUGACGCCGAAGGAAUAGAAGAGAAAAUUGUACAUUCUAGUGUAAUAGUAUAAAGGGUAUCAUGCCAUGCCAUACAAUGCUCUGUGCAAAGCCCAUGCCUCAUCUGCAAACCCCAAACUUCAUGUCUGCGUAACUAUGCAUACCCAUAAUCCAAUAUGAUAUCCAAUCCUCCAAGUGUGUCCUCACUUGUUGCCAUCCACUAUCCACCGAUUACCGCGCUCUUCAAUUCCCUACCCUCUCUCCUAACAUGCACACCCACCUCCCUCCGCCUGCCCACCACCCCCAACACUCACCGUCCCA